UAGAGAAAAAAUAGGUUUUAUAAAGAGGAACGUUCAAGUCUGCGAGAGAAGGAAAAAAUGGUAGUACUGAGCGCGACGACGAUCGGAGCCCUAUUGGGUUUGGGUACUCAGAUGUACUCCAACGCUCUCCGCAAACUUCCCUACAUGCGCCAUCCGUGGGAGCACGUAUUGGGAAUGGGAUUGGGCGUUGUGUUCGUGAACCAGCUUGUGAAAUGGGAGGCUCAGGUUGAACAAGAUCUUGAUAAGAUGCUUGAGAAAGCUAAGGCCGCUAAUGAAAGACGUUACAUUGAUGGAGAUGACGAUUAGUGCAUGUCUUCAAGGAUUACAUUACAGCAGUUGGUGAAAAUAAUAAUUUAAUGCGUUGUACGUGUUACCUUUUGUUUUAUGGUUUCAUGUUGUUAUGUUUGUAAAGCUGUUGUGCUAUUUCCUGCUUAUCAGCUUAUUUUGUCAACAAGCUUCAGCGGGAGUUAAACUGUUAGACGAUGUUAUGGGCUUGUAGCUUCAUUAACAUUAUGAAUCAGUUGGAUAAAUU